AGGCAGAGGGAACGAGAAGAGUUAGAUGAAGAUCAAAACGACGAGUUAGACUCGGAUUAGAACAAGGGGUAGAAAUUGCUAAGACAACUAUUUUCUUUCUAUUCAAUUUCAUACUUCACUCAUUCCCUCACUCUCGUAAAUCCCAAUCUCCUUCAAUUCUGUUCUCUGGAUUUCUCAAUUUUCUCCUCUAUCGAUUCCACUAACCCUAGAAAUUGCAACAAUCCUUCUCCACUGUUCUUCUAUGUGACUGUCAAGUUCAUUAAUGGCGGAACCCUUUUCCCGGGAAUUUCGCGAUCGAAUUUCUGAUCGAUGCUUAAGCUCAUUCCCUUGUCUACAUGAUCCAGUUCGAAGAUCUUCAUUAUGUUUGAAGAUUGCUCUGGUCAUGAUUCAUCUUAUCUAUGUUACUAUUCUGUUCUUUGUUGAUCGACAUGAUCUAAUCCAAACUGCUAAGAGACACCCUUGGUACACUGGACUAUACCUUUUACUUUUUGUGGUCACCUUGAUACAAUAUUUCAUCACAUCUAAUUCUUCUCCCGGUUAUGUGCUCGAUGCAAUAAGGGUGGUUGAAGAAGGGAACUCUUGGGCUCCUCUUGUAAGCUCAAAACAACCUGCAACAAGUAAAAAUGAGAGUUUUGUUAUCACUGUGGAUGGAGAUCCCAAGGCACGAAGCCUCCUUGGAAAUAAUGCAACUUGGACCAAGCUAGUAAUGGAGAUGUAUCCUCCUAGAUCUUCUAUGAGACAAUUGACUUGCACGUAUUGUCAUGUUUUACAGCCUCCUCGAGCAAAGCAUUGCCAUGAUUGUAAUAAGUGUGUCCUUCGGUUUGAUCAUCAUUGUGAUUGGCUUGGAACAUGCAUAGGCCAGGGUAAUCAUUGUCGAUUUUGGUGGUACAUCUGUGAAGAGACGGCAUUGUGCCUUUGGACUGGCAUUUUGUAUGCUUCAUGUCUGAAGGCUAGCAUAUCUAGAUCUUGGUGGGUGGAUGCAAUAGUGAUAAUAUUGCUCAUCACUUUGUCAAUAGUAUUGAUCUUUCUAGUGCUUUUGCUUUUAUUUCACAGUUACCUUGCUCUGACAAAUCAAACUACAUAUGAACUUGUACGGCGUAGACGUAUCCCUUACAUGCGAGCUGUACCUGAAAGAGUGUAUCCUUUCAGUAAUGGCAUGUGCCGAAAUCUGUACAACUGCUGCUGUGCUCAAAUAAGCAUAUAUAAUCUAGAACGUCUGCCUACAGCUGAAGAACUCGAAGUCAAGAGCAGACCGCGUGCAUGUUCUGAUAUUUUACGCUGCCGCUGUUGUUGACAUUGCGUCUAUAGUAUUGAAGAUUGUCUCUUGGAAACACUGUAAAGUUCCAUACUCCUUGGUUGUUGCAUGGUUGGGAUCUGUAAUUCAAAAACAGUGUAAAUUGCCCAUUUGGUUAGCUGUUGUAUUGUCCUGUUGUGCAAAUUCUCACAGCGGUUCCAGCCUUUAGAUUUCAGUUGAUGUUUUGGACUUGCUGGAAAGUUUGGGUGCUAAACUAAUCUUUAAAUUCGUUGGAUUGUUUGUAGAAAUAGUUUUGAUACUGUAUCAUUUUAGAUAAAGGAAACUAUUUUAGGGCA